CUCCCCUCCCCAUCUCGCCUUUUCUAUGUGGCUCUAAGAAUACCUCAUCCAAACCUCAAUCACGUAGGAUUGCGUAGCGAGAGGAAAUGCUGCCGGAAAGGCACUCAGUUGGCUCGGCGUCAGGGAGAAGUACCGAUUCCCUCAUCUGCUUUUGAAGUUGAUAUUUUUGGGUUAAUUUUGUUUUUAUUGGAACAUGGAAAUAUUCGACAUUUAAGUAUUUUCAUCGUUUUGUGAAGACAUUUUUUUACGUGGGAAACGAAUAUGUUUGAAUUACUGAAAUUGUAUUUUGUCGCUACUCUAAAACAUCAUUAUGAAUUUGCUCAGUGGCUCAGGUUGGCGACUAGUGCCUCGAGUCUCGGAAAGCAAUGCUGCGACUGAACGACCGUGCGCUGGGCUGAGCUGGCUGCUGUCUCGCGGUUCCGCUUGGCAGCUGUUUGUCGUUGAACUGAAAAGUUGCAAAGCUGUGAAUUAGACGGUACUUGACACUAAACUGGUGAAAUAGAAAGAUUCAGUAUCCCCAGGAAAAGUCCGAUGCAUCCUGUCCAGCACAUUUUUAGGAUUUAAUGUACGUCCGUUGACAUCGUUUUAGAAAUGCAACUACAUGACAAUUCAGAAUGGAACGCACUUUUGCGAAAGAUGGUUUGUGUAUUUAUAUUUGUGUGUCAUGCAAUAACCAAUGAGGGCAUGCAGUUGUGAAAUCAUUAUAUGCGUUUAUGCGUCCCCUCUCACUCUAAACUCUGCUGAAAUGGAGAACACCGUCUUCAGACAUUGAAGAGGCUAUCACCGGGAUAGUGUGGAAAUGUUAUACUUUUGACUACUCUGAGAAGAUGCUAUAUUUUAAAGAUUUGGAUUCCUCGUUUUGGGAAUAUCAGGUGCGAGGAUAACGACGACCAACUGCAAUCAACAGAACUGGUUAUUACAGUUUUUAUAUUAUUGCGCGCAGUCAUUACAUCUGCCUCUGUGGAACACCUCGAUUAGCCCGCGGGGGAGAUGGCAGCGGCGAUCGCCAGCUCUCUCAUCCGACAGAAACGCCAAGCUAGGGAGUCCAACAGCGACCGUGUUUCCACAUCCAAACGCCGCACUAGUCCGACUAAAGACCCUCGCUCUCUGUGUGACAGGCAUAUUUUUGGGGUUUUUAGCAAAGUUCGUUUCUGCAGCGGGAAGAAAAAAACUGUUCGGCGGAGACCAGAGCCGCAGCUGAAAGGCAUUGUGACCCGACUGUUCAGCCAGCAAGGCUUCUACUUGCAGAUGCUGCCAGACGGCAACAUUGACGGGACCAAGGACGAGAAUAGCGACUACACCCUGUUUAACCUGAUCCCGGUAGGACUGCGAGUGGUGGCCAUCCAGGGGGUGAAGGCUGGACUCUAUGCAGCCAUGAAUGGAGAGGGGUUCAUGUACAGCUCAGAUGUGUUCACUCCGGAGUGUAAGUUCAAGGAGUCUGUGUUUGAGAAUUACUACGUCAUCUACUCGUCCACGGUGUACCGGCAGCACGAGUCUGGCAGGGCCUGGUUUUUGGGGCUUACCAAGGAUGGUCAGGUGAUGAAGGGGAACCGGGUUAAGAAAACCAAGCCUUGCUCGCAUUUUGUUCCCAGACCUAUUGAAGUUUGCAUGUACAAGGAGCCAUCACUGCAUGAAAUUGAAGAGAAGCAGCGCUCCAGGAAAAGUUCAGGAACUCCCACCAUGAACGGGGGCAAAGUGGUGAACCAGGACAAUACAGAGGAGGACGGGUCUUAGCUGCACCUUGGAAGACCACCCUGGAUCCCAACUCCUUCAUUUCUUACACAUUGUUCCAACAAAAAUGAAAAGAAGACAAAAAACUGAAUUCUUGCCUGUGAAAUAUUUUAGACAAAAAGGAAAAAUAUUUGAAAUCAGGACAUGAAUUUACAUUUUAUGCAAAAGUCUGCUGUGUGGCAGCAGAAGGUUCCUCUCUUCACUACAGUAUUAGUGUUUCAAAGUUAAAACUCCCAAACAAGCUUUAAGCCAUGUUAGACUUUCACGCAUUAAUUUAUGAAUGCUACGGUUCUUUCACCUGCUUAUAUGUGUUGUUAUUAUCAUUAAUAAUUAUAUUGUUAUUAUUCAUUAUUACUUUUAUUCCUCUCAUUAUUAUUAUGGUUUACUUUAGGGCAGUUAGGAGAGUUUUUGGUAUAGGAUGCAUAACUGCUGAACAGUCGGAGAUGUUGGAGAUGCCUCUCUGUUUGAUAGAAUCACACUGUCCUGAGGGCUUUCUGGGGGUCAGGGAGCUCCCUGUCCAUCCGGUAAUGUAAUCAUAAACUCUCUUAGAUAUGUGUGAUCAAAGAUGCUUUCUCCAAGACAGUGGUCUCUCGAUGGGGAUUUCAUGUCCUGGGUCUUGCAAAGGAUCAUGGGAACUGGAGAGGCCUCUGCACAUGUGCCCAUGAAAGCUACAGCCAUAUGCAAUGCUAAAAAGGGAUAAAAGAGGUUCUCAAUUUGUUGCCUUCUUUUUUUCUGUCUGCAGAUGCCUCGCCCCAAAAUUCUAUCCGAUCAAUAACAUAGAGAACACACUCACUCACAAAAAUCAAUUGUGAGGGAGGGACAUGUCAUAGUAUCGUAUUGUGUCAUUCCACAAGGAACGCCUUGGUCACAAAUUAUAUGAAAUCAAAAGAUCAGGUCUGCCAUUUUUUCUGGACGCAAGUUCAGUCCUGGUUUCUAUAGCUCCUGUGAUUGCAUGUAUAAAAGUGGAACUAAAAGAGUUCCAGAUCUUUUCAAAAAGUGUUUAUGGUGUAAUUAUUGACUACAGAGUUCCAGUCAAGAGCUUAGCAAAGAGCCUGGAAAUAGAAUGUACAUUUUUCACCUUCAGAAAGGAAGUUCUAUUUUAAAGGAAAGUGGUACAAAUUGGAUUUAUGGAGCAGAUAUGGCUGACUCUCGGUCAGUCUAGUGUAUAAAGUAGGCAGUUGUAUGGAAUGGAUUGUGAUCAACCCAAGAGUUCUGUCUAUCUUUUCUGUUAUACCUAAAAUCAGCCUGAUUGGUCAUCAGCAUUUGUUUGAAGCAGGCAUUGUGUAAACACUAAUCGCUGUUUCAACUGGGUAGGCUGAAAGUGACCACAGAUGAUAAGACUGAAGCACCCCCAUAACGUAAAGAUCGAAGAUAGAUUUUUACAGCAUGCACUCUAUACUAAAAAAAGUGUUUCCCUAAAGGUGUUGGACUGAAUCACCAAGAUUUUUAACUGAUCUAAUCAUUAUCAUUGCAUAAUAAUUGCUUGUAAAAAUCAUUCUACACAACACUGGGAGAGAUUUAAAGGAGGUGUAUCAGGACUUGCUUGGCCUCAGCAGAUUUUUCCCUGGUUUAAUUCAAGCUAUGUUGUGUAUUUCAUUAACUUCAUUAAGGACAUGAUGGCUUCUUUCACAAGUGUCUGUAAUGUCUUUGAAAGUCUUCCAUUGGGGGAGUGACGCCAUGUCAUAAUCAUGUGAGGGUCAAAGUCAGAGUUCAUUGGCCAAAAAUGAGGAGGGGGUGUAUCUGUGGAGCCAGGACAGCAGUGUGUGCUUCUGCUGGCCAGUGAAAGUGAUGGUGUGCACUGUGUGUGUAUGACACGGACUCUGCACUGACUCCACCCUUUCACUAGAAGGUAAGAUGGGGGGCUUGGCAUCUGGGGGUACUGAACUGUUUAUUUGUGCUUGCUGAUUUUUGCACCUUUAAGAAACACCUUCAUAUGCAUUAUGAAAUAUGAAGCAGAAAAAUACAUUGAAAAUAGGCCAAAUGAAAAGAUCAUUUAAAAAUAAAAAGGACAAUACAAAAAA